AUGCAGUCCUCAGGUGUUCCAAGGACUCAGUUCCCCUAUCCGGAACAGUUAGACCAGCAAACAUCCCCUCAGCGACCUUCGGGGUCUGGCAGUGCCGACAUAUCCAUGGCUUCCCAGCAGUCUGGUCGCAGUUCCUCCGCCUCCUCUCGAUCCCAAUCUAAUAAGAGUCAGCCCGAUAAGCAAAUAUCGCAAAUCGAAAAGAGCGUGACGCAUCUCUUGGUUGCGACAAAACAACUCCUCGAAACUCUCACCCAAUGGUCUCGGAAGCAAGCGUCGGAGAAUGAUGUGUCAGAUGUAUACGUUCGAUUGGGCUAUGAAUUUAACUUGGCUUGUCGGGCUUUCAGUGCCAUUGGAGUCGACACCUCAGACCUCGGUCCUGUACCGGACCUGCUCCGCACCAUACUUGAAGAUACCCUUAGUCAGGACGCAUCUUCCCAGAGCCUCGAUAGAUACCUCCCCAGAAUUCGAGAUAUAAUCAUCAACUUGUUAAAAGGGUUGAAGAAGAAGCAGGCUCGGUUAAGGUCCCGGCACCAGCGCGAGGAUGGCCGGCCCGCACCAGCACGGCAAGCCAGUGGGGGAAGCAUCGCUAGUGGGCCGGUAAUUGGUCAGCUUUAUGAUGAGGCCGCAGCAUCAACCAUGCCGUCGACAGCGCAGUCCCCCAGAAAAUCGAACCGACGGUAUGGCAGCGGUGGAUCUCUAGAGGAUCAACCGGCCAUUGCUCGAACCUCCUCGGCACCUUCGACAACAGAACCGCGUACGACAAACUACGCGGAAAGGGAAUUAUCACGGCGAGAGGCCCAGCAAAUGUUGUCUCAACCCACCCCCUUGGAUAAUGAUACAACCCCUCGAGCCACCACAUUCAAUACCACUGCGCCUUCGACAUAUACUACACCAACCGGGUUCUCUGCGCCUCCGCCCCCGCCUCCGCCAAAGGAGGAUGAUGCAUUGGGCGCUUUACAAAGAAGUGGAGAGCUUGAGCGACGUGCCUCGCGUCGGUUCUCUGCUUACCAGAUUCAGAAACAUUUGGGCACAUCUACUAACGGUGUCCCUGUCCUGCCUACCCAGAACUCUCCCAUCCCCAAUCGCGGUCGUGAUGUCCGCGAAUCUUUGAAUGCAGUCCGUCUGCGGGGCUCAUAUACUCAUACAAGACAACGAUCCAAUAACCGUGUACAGGAAGUCGCCAAGGGUGCGUCGGUGCCUCCAUCAACAAAUAUUCCACAUGUCGUGGAAGAACAACACACCCCUCCAUCUGCUGCACUUCCAUCAGAGCCACAAGGGAUCGAUACCAUAUCAUCGGAGGUGCCCAGUGAAGCGGUUGCUCCUGACAAGAAAGACGAUACUACGGAAGCUGCCGUCGUGCCUCCAGUAAUUCCGCUACCCCAAGAGAAGCCAAUGCUCGAAGGCGCUUUUGAGCCCACAAAGCCAGCACCACAAACCCCGAGGGCGGACUCAUUUGGACCGUCUACCGACAUCGCAACACCUCCAUCAGUCGUCUCUCAAUUUGCUAUUGAGCAACCCUCACCGGGCAAAGAGCUGACGCUGUUCCUACAAUAUAAAAGCAAAAUUAAGAAGUACGUGCUUCCAGAUGGCAUUGCAGAGCUUACCAUUGGGCGCCUGCAGCUUGCUUUUAUUGAGAAGUUUGCCUGGAAUACCCACGACAAUGGCGUUGAUUUGCCGGAAAUUUAUAUCCAAGACCCAGUUUCAGGUAUCAGACAUGAACUAGAAGAUCUUGCCGAUGUCAAAGAUCGGUCUGUGUUGGUGCUUAACGUUGACAACCUCGAUGAGGUCAAGAAACAUUUCGAUGAUAAUCUUGGUAGUGUGCGACUCUUGGUCGAAGGCGUCAAGGAGACACUCUCCAGCCAAGGAAACAUCAUCCAGCGGGUUUCGGAUCGCCAGCUUGAAGCUGCUAAAGAACUUGCUCGCUUGGCUGCUGCUCCUCCAGCCACCUCCGGUCCCGCUGCCGUUGUAGGGAAUUCCAAGACCUCGAUCGCUGGUAGUGGAGCUCAAAUUGCCGAGCUUCAGAGCUUGCGCCGUGACUUGGCUGUCCUGCGACAGACCUACUCCAACUUUACUGCAGAUAUCACCGGUUCUAUGAGCGCAGUCCGUGCCAAGGCAAGCAAGGUCAAGACCGCCGCCGAUGACGUUACCACUCCCUCUUAUCAAGGGGAUGCUGGCCGCGCUCGCGUCAACACUGGCAAGAAGGAACUUGCGGCUGAAUCGGAGCGGCUGGUCGCUCGCGUCGAUGAUCUCCAAGAUUUGGUCGAGGAUCUUCGAAAGGAUGUUGUGACCCGUGGCGUUCGUCCUCUCCCGAGACAGUUGGAGGGUGUCAGCCGCGACAUCAGCAUGGUCAUGAAAGAAAUUAAGAAAAUGCAGGACUUCCUGGGUCGCGAGAAACCCAUCUGGACCAAGAUCUGGGAGAAGGAGCUACAGCUGGUUUGCGAAGAACGGGACCAGCUUACCAUGCAGGAGGACCUUGCUGCCGACUUGCAAGACGAUCUCGAGAAGGCAACUCAGACCUUUGCCCUGGUGGAGCAAGCCACGAAAGAGCAGGUCCUGACAACUCCAACCAAUGGCACUGCUGUCCGCGCCCCAUCUAGGACUCUUGGAAUUGACCCAACUAUUGAUCCUAUGAAAGCUAAAGAUGGUGUCCUGGGCGAAGUUCGUGCUCUGCGACCCAAUCACGAAAGCCGACUCGAGGCCAUUGAACGCGCCGAGAAAGCACGAAAGAAAGAGCUUGAGACUCGACGAAUCGGACUUUUCCAGAAGGAACUAGGCUCAUUUGUUGAAGAAGGCAAAUUGAAGAAGAGCGGUGGUUUCGAAGAGACUGAGCGCCUCCGUACUGCGAAGGACGAGCGCAUCCGCAAAGAAGUUUGGGAAAGACAGCAGGCCCGCAAUGCCGAGAUGGAAAAGGCGGAGGCGGAAGCCGCUGCUGCGCAGGCAGCGGAGCAAAAUAAUGAGGGCGGAGGUGAUGAUGAUCAGCAGCAAGGCGAAAAAGAGGGGAGCCCGGAGAUUGGUGACGAGGCAGAGAAGGCAGAGGAGCCCAAGUCGCCAUCUUCUGACUCGGGGAAGCCACUUCCCAAAGCUCCAGAGGAGGAAGAUGAUGCUACAUCCGAACAUCCCCCUGCCUGA